AGGUCUGUACCCAAUAAGCAAGCUGGAAGAGGCCUAUUUGCUUGGUGAUGCCCAGCAGAUAAGCCAGGCAAACCUCGGUGUGAUUGAAGAAGCCAGUUUGAAACUCAGCCUUGUUCAGGCAGACUCCUGACUGGCACCUGCUGCUCCAAGCGAUUCUCAGCAUGAUGAUAUUCGCAUUUUGGAAGGUCUUUCUGAUCUUCAACUGCCUUGCAGGUCAGGUUAGUAUGGUGCAGGUGACCAUCCCAGACAGUUUCAUGAAUGUGACUGUUGGAUCUAAUGUCACUCUUCUCUGCCACUAUACCACCACUGUGACGUCCCUGGACAAGCUUACAAUCCAAUGGUCUUUCUUCCACAAUAAGGACAUGGAGCCAGUUUCUCAUGGCUCGCGCCCCAAUACUGAGGGUAUGGAGGAAAAGGCAGUCAGUCAGUGUCUAAAAAUGGUGCAUGCAAGAGACGCUCGGGGAAGAUGUAGCUGGACCUCUCAGAUUUACUACUCUGAAGGUGGACAAGCUUCAGCUAUUGGGCAAUUCAAGGAUCGAAUUAUAGGGUGGAAUAAUCCAGGUAAUGCAUCGAUCACCAUAUUGCAUAUGCAACCAGUGGACAGUGGAAUUUACAUCUGUGAUGUCAACAAUCCUCCAGAUUUUGUCGGCAAAAAUCAAGGCAUCCUUGACGUCUCUGUGUUAGUCAAACCUUCCAAGCCCUUUUGUACCAUCCAGGGAAGGCCAGAAGCAGGCCACCCUAUUUCCUUGUCUUGCCUUUCUGCCUUUGGAACACCAUCUCCUGUGUAUUAUUGGUAUAAGAUUGAGGGAAACACCAUUGUGCCAGUAAAAGAAAGCUUCAACUCAGCCACUGGAGUUUUGGUUAUUGGAAAUCUGACAAGUUUUGAACAAGGUUAUUACCAGUGUAUUGCUGUCAAUAGUCUUGGAAAUAGUUCCUGUGAAAUUGACUUAACCUCUUCACAUCCAGAAGUUGGGGUCAUUAUUGGUGCCUUCAUUGGUGCCCUGAUAGGUGCUGCUGUCAUCGUCUCUGUGGUGUACUUCGCAAGGAACAAAGUUAAAGCAAAGCAAAGGAAGAGGGAUUUAAACCCCAGCACGGAACUUGAACCAAUGACAAAGGCCAGCCAUUCCCGAGACAAUGAAGCAAUCCCUUCUGAAGAUAUCCAGCUAGGAGCAACUCUGUCAUCUUCCAUCCGUGUUACCCACACCACCAAACCUACUAUUGCCAUCUUAGGGCAAGAAUAUGAGCCUAACCCCCAGCUUAAAACAGCCACCCAGCCUGACCCUGAACCAGAGCCUAUGCCAGUACCUGAGAUGGAGAUUCAUCUGGAGCCGGAGCUGGAGCUGGAGCUGGAGCCGGAGACGGAGACAGAGCCUGAGUUCGAGCCUGAGCUCGAGCUUCCAUCUGGAAUCAUAGUUGAGCCUCUGAAUGAGGAGGAAAAUGAUAAAGUUAAGGCAUAAGCAUAGAUAGGC